CGGGAUCCAGUUCGAUGGCCGUUUGGAACCCUAGCCCUAGAGCAUCAACGAUCUCUUACGCGCCGUCGGCUUCGCAGAAGAAGAAAGGAUAGGAUCUCAGGCUCUGUUGAGCGCGAGUGGGUGUUUUCUUCAAGCAAUUCUAAGAAUCUUAAAGAUAAAGUGGUUGUUGUUUCUUACAAUCUACUUGGUGUUGACAAUGCAUCAAACCACAUGGAUUUAUACUUCAAUGUUCCGGCCAAGUGCUUGGAGUGGAACAGACGGAAACACCUCAUAUGCAAGGAGAUUAGUCGCUACAAUGCAAGCAUCUUAUGUCUUCAGGAGGUUGACCGCUUUGAUGAUCUAGAUGGUCUUCUUCAGAAAUCUGGAUUUCAGGGUGUUCACAAGAGUCGCACUGGAGAAGCAUCUGAUGGUUGUGCUAUAUUCUGGAAAGAGAAACUGUUUAAACUCUUGCACCAUCAAGAUAUAGAGUUCGAGAGGUUUGGCCUGCGAAACAAUGUUGCUCAACUUUGUGUUUUGGAGAUGAACCAUGAGGACUCCGAAUCUAAAUUAUGUGUGCAACAGUCAAAUUCUAGGCCAGCAUCUACAGGUUCUCGUAGACUAGUGGUUGGAAAUAUACAUGUCCUCUUCAACCCUAAGCGUGGAGAUAUCAAGCUAGGUCAGGUCAGACUCUUGCUGGAGAAGGCUAACAAGCUAUCACAAGAAUGGGGAAAUACUCCGGUGAUAAUUUGUGGUGAUAUGAAUAGCACCCCAAAGAGCGCAAUAUACGAGUUCAUGGCUUCAGCUAAGUUGGACAUGCAACUCCACGACCGAAGACAGAUUUCUGGUCAGUUUGAAUUAGAAUCAAUUCAAUCAAAGCAGAGGUUGUUUAGAUGGAACAAUCGUUAUGCUGCUAGUGCCACAAUGCCCAUUUCGAGAUCAUUAAGUUAUGAGUGGACCAGCGAAGAACUACGUCUCGCAACUGGUAGUGAAGAAUGUACUCACGUACAACACCAACUGAAGCUCCAAAGUGCAUAUACCAGAGCUCCCGGUACUGGAAGAACAAGAGAUCAUCUUGGCGAGCCGUUGGCAACAUCAUAUCAUUCCAGAUUCCUAGGAACAGUUGAUUAUAUAUGGUUAAGCACACCGAACAACUUGUUACUGUUAGGGUUCUUGAAUCCUUGCCAAUUGAUGAGUUGAAAAGAUCCCGGGGACUACCGAGUGAGAAAUGGGGGAGCGACCAUCUCGCCAUCGCAUGUGAACUUGCGUUUGCCAACGACUGAUGCUAAGACCCGGAAGGGUUAAAACCUCGGAACUCGAAAGAAACAAGCUCUCCUUGUCACCCCGUGGGAAGCGAGUUCUUUCAGAAUUCGGAUACGUAGGGCCCUCGAAGAAAUAGGUUAAAAUAGAUGAACCAAUCUCAUUUCAGAGGCCCCAUGGGAAAGAAGCUCUCGUGGAAGUUUUUUUUUUUUGCAAAUAAUAGAUGAUUGUUACACGAGUACCGAAUUAAAUUUGUAAUCUGAUUCACGUUUCAUCGCAGUAUGGAUCGUCGUAUCAUAA